GUGGGCGCGGCGCGGCGGAGCUGAGUCGGCGGCGGCGCGGACCGAGUGGCGUGCGCUCGGCAUGGCUGUCCUGGGGCUCGGUCUGGUGAGCUGUACCUUGAUUCUGGCAGUCAGUGGUCUCUACUCCUCUAGUGAUGAUGUCAUCGAGUUAACGCCAUCAAAUUUCAACAGGGAAGUUAUUCAGAGUAACGGUUUGUGGCUUGUAGAAUUCUAUGCUCCGUGGUGUGGUCACUGCCAAAGAUUAACUCCAGAAUGGAAGAAAGCAGCAACUGCAUUGAAAGAUGUUGUAAAAGUGGGUGCAGUCAAUGCAGAUACACACCAGUCCCUUGGAGGUCAGUAUGGUGUUCAGGGAUUUCCUACCAUCAAGAUUUUUGGAGCAAACAAAAACAAACCUGAAGAUUAUCAGGGUGGCCGAACCGGUGAAGCCAUAGUGGACGCCGCCCUCAGCGCUCUGCGCCAGCUGGUGAAGGACCGCCUUGCGGGCCGGAGCGGCGGCUACACUUCUGGAAAGCAAGGUAGAAGCGAUAGUUCCGGUAAGAAGGACGUGGUGGAGCUGACAGACGACAGCUUUGAUAAGAAUGUUCUGGACAGUGAAGACGUGUGGAUGGUGGAGUUCUACGCCCCGUGGUGUGGACACUGCAAGAACCUGGAGCCGGAGUGGGCCGCUGCCGCCACCGAGGUGAAGGAGCAGACCAAGGGGAAAGUGAAGCUGGCCGCCGUGGACGCCACUGUGAACCAGGUGCUAGCCAGCCGAUACGGGAUUAGAGGAUUUCCUACAAUCAAGAUCUUUCAGAAAGGCGAGUCCCCCGUGGAUUAUGAUGGUGGGCGGACAAGAUCGGACAUUGUGUCCCGGGCCCUGGAUCUGUUCUCCGAGAACGCGCCUCCUCCGGAGCUGCUGGAGAUAAUCAACGAAGAUGUGGCCAAGAAGACGUGCGACGAACACCAGCUGUGCGUGGUGGCCGUGCUGCCGCACAUCCUGGACACCGGAGCCUCAGGCAGAAAUUCUUACUUGGAAGUUCUUCUGAAAUUGGCAGACAAAUACAAGAAGAAGAUGUGGGGAUGGCUAUGGACAGAAGCUGGGGCCCAGUAUGAGCUUGAGAACGCCCUGGGGAUCGGGGGGUUCGGAUACCCCGCCAUGGCAGCCAUAAAUGCCCGCAAGAUGAAGUUUGCCCUUCUUAAAGGCUCCUUCAGUGAGCAAGGCAUUAACGAGUUUCUCAGGGAGCUGUCUUUCGGGCGAGGCUCCACAGCACCUGUGGGAGGCGGGGCCUUUCCUGCCAUCUCCACCAGAGAGCCCUGGGACGGCAGGGACGGCGAGCUUCCUGUGGAGGAUGACAUUGACCUCAGCGACGUGGAGCUCGAUGACUUGGAGAAAGACGAGUUGUGAGCGCCCCGGCCUGGGCUUCCAGCUUCUUUUCUUGGGAGCGAGCAGAUUUUCCCAGCAGUGAAGAACAUUCUUUACAAACAGGUGAACCUCCCAGUGGCCUUUCUACCAGGAAGUAGCCCUUGAUCGGUCAUUUUGAGAACACUGCAACAGUGAGCUUUGCAUCUCGAGAAAACACUGAAAAAUUCUAUGAAUUGUUGGAACCAGUGAUCGGAUUGUGUUCUAUCACAUAAUAGUUUGAAGAAUACUUGGGCUGUGGAAACUUUUCCCUCUGACUGCUGCUUGAAUGUUCUUGGAGGCUGUUUCUUAUAUAUAGGUUUUUUAAAAUGUGAUUCCUUCAUUUGAAUAUUAAUGGCUUUUUCCAUUAAAGAAUAAAACGUUAUUUUGGACAAUGCCGA